CUCCGCUCGCGUCGCCCGCGCAGCCCGCCGCCGCCGCGGGCAGACCCAGCACGCCGGCCCGGCUCGGCUCGGCUCCGGUGAGCGCCGCGGCCAUGCAGCGCCGGGGCGCCCUGUUCGGCGUGCCGGGCGGCAGCGGCAGCAGGAAGAUGGCUGCAGGAGACAUCGGCGAGCUGCUGGUGCCCCACAUGCCCACGAUCCGCGUGCCCAGGUCCGGGGACAGGGUCUACAAGAACGAAUGCGCCUUCUCCUACGACUCGCCGAAUUCUGAAGGUGGACUCUAUGUAUGCAUGAAUACGUUUUUGGCCUUUGGAAGGGAACACGUUGAAAGACAUUUUCGAAAAACUGGACAGAGCGUGUACAUGCACCUGAAAAGACAUGUGCGAGAGAAGGUAAAAGGGGCGUCUGGUGGAGCUUUACCAAAAAGGAGGAAUUCCAAGAUUUUUUUAGAUCUAGAUACUGAUGACGAUUUAAAUAGCGACGAUUAUGAAUAUGAAGAUGAAGCCAAACUUGUUAUAUUCCCAGACCACUAUGAAAUAGCACUACCAAAUAUUGAGGAGUUACCUGCCCUGGUAACAAUUGCUUGUGAUGCAGUUCUGAGCUCAAAAUCUCCGUACAGGAAGCAGGACCCCGACACGUGGGAGAACGAACUGCCGGUGUCCAAGUACGCCAGUAACCUCGCCCAGCUGGACAAUGGGGUCCGGAUUCCUCCAAGCGGCUGGAAGUGUGCCAGGUGUGACCUGCGGGAAAACCUCUGGUUGAAUCUGACUGACGGCUCCGUGCUGUGCGGGAAGUGGUUCUUUGACAGCUCCGGGGGCAACGGGCACGCGCUGGAGCAUUACAGAGACAUGGGCUACCCUCUCGCGGUGAAGCUGGGAACCAUCACUCCAGACGGGGCGGACGUUUAUUCUUUUCAAGAAGAGGAACCUGUUUUGGACCCUCAUUUGGCCAAGCACCUGGCGCAUUUUGGAAUUGACAUGCUUCACAUGCACGGGACAGAGAACGGGCUCCGGGACAAUGACUUCAAGCCGCGGGUCAGUGAGUGGGAAGUGAUCCAGGAGACGGGGACGAAGCUGAAGCCCAUGUAUGGCCCCGGGUACACGGGCCUCAAGAACCUGGGCAACAGCUGCUACCUCAGCUCCGUCAUGCAGGCCAUCUUCAGCAUCCCGGAAUUCCAGAGAGCGUACGUAGGGAAUCUUCCAAGAAUAUUUGACUACUCUCCGUUAGAUCCGACACAGGAUUUCAACACACAGAUGACGAAGCUAGGACACGGCCUUCUCUCAGGCCAGUAUUCGAAACCUCCCGUGAAAUCCGAACUCAUCGAACAGGUGAUGAAAGAGGAACAGAAGCCUCAACAGAAUGGGAUCUCUCCACGCAUGUUUAAGGCCUUUGUAAGCAAAAGUCACCCGGAAUUCUCCUCUAACAGACAGCAAGAUGCCCAGGAAUUCUUCUUGCACCUGGUUAAUCUAGUAGAGAGGAACCGCAUUGGCUCAGAAAAUCCAAGCGAUGUUUUUCGGUUUUUGGUGGAAGAACGCAUUCAGUGCUGUCAGACCCGAAAAGUGCGCUACACGGAGAGGGUGGAUUACCUGAUGCAGUUACCUGUGGCCAUGGAGGCGGCAACCAACAAGGAUGAGCUGAUCGCCUAUGAAUUAACGAGAAGGGAAGCAGAAGCGAACAGAAGACCCCUUCCUGAGUUGGUUCGCGCCAAGAUACCGUUUAGUGCCUGCCUUCAGGCCUUUUCUGAACCAGAAAACGUGGAUGAUUUCUGGAGCAGUGCCCUACAGGCAAAGUCUGCGGGUGUGAAAACGUCUCGCUUUGCCUCAUUUCCCGAAUACUUGGUAGUGCAGAUAAAGAAGUUCACUUUUGGCCUCGACUGGGUUCCCAAAAAAUUUGAUGUUUCCAUUGACAUGCCAGACCUACUUGAUAUCAGCCAUCUCCGAGCCCGGGGGUUACAGCCAGGAGAGGAGGAGCUUCCGGACAUCAGCCCCCCCAUAGUCAUUCCCGAUGACUCAAAAGAUCGCCUGAUGAACCAACUGAUAGACCCAUCAGACAUCGAUGAGUCAUCGGUGAUGCAGCUGGCCGAGAUGGGUUUCCCUCUAGAGGCAUGUCGGAAAGCUGUGUACUUCACUGGAAAUAUGGGAGCUGAGGUGGCCUUCAACUGGAUCAUCGUUCACAUGGAAGAGCCAGAUUUUGCUGAACCAUUGACCAUGCCUGGUUACGGAGGGGCAACUUCUGCUGGAGCCUCUGUUUUUGGUGCUACUGGGUUGGAUAACCAGCCUCCGGAGGAGAUUAUAGCUAUCAUUACCUCCAUGGGAUUCCAUCGAAAUCAGGCCAUUCAGGCGCUACGAGCCACGAAUAGUAACCUGGAAAGAGCACUGGAUUGGAUCUUUAGCCACCCUGAGUUUGAAGAGGACAGUGACUUUGUGAUCGAGAUGGAGAAUAACGCCAAUGCCAACAUCAUUUCUGAGGCCAAGCCCGAAGGACCUAGAGUCAAGGAUGGAUCUGGAAUGUACGAACUGUUUGCCUUCAUCAGUCACAUGGGAACAUCCACGAUGAGCGGUCAUUACGUUUGCCAUAUCAAAAAGGAAGGAAGAUGGGUGAUCUACAACGACCACAGAGUCUGCGCCUCAGAACGGCCCCCUAAAGACCUGGGCUACAUGUACUUUUACCGCAGGAUACCGAGCUAGACCUCAGAUGUGUGAUCGGCGACAAGCCAUACGCCUUUUUAAUUUGCCAAAAAAAAAAAAAAAAAGGAAAAACGGAGGUUGGGACAGCCAGACAUGAAGGAAUACACGGGGGUAUUUAUAGUUUAUUUAAAGAACAUCAUGUGACGCCUUCUGAAAUAAGACUGGGAAGACAUUUCUAUUAGCGAUGAUACACUACUGUAGAUAAUUUUUCUUUUUAUAAAUGUUCAAGGAGAGAAUGAUUAAAAAAGAAAAGUAUUCCUAUUGCUGGAGGGGAACCUGCCAGCAGCACAUCAAAGACAGGAAUGUGCCACUAGCCCUCUGUUUUGCUUUGGGGGCCAGUGGUGUGGCCUCACCCACAACAAAUGAAAAGCCCACUGUGGUUUCACAUCCAAAAUCAGUAACUGGGCUGGACUUUGUUUGUGACAUAAUUUUUUCAUUCAACACAAUAAUUUCUGACCUAUCCAUGUAUAGUAGAUUAGAGCAUCUGUAAUGAAAUAUUUUUAAUUUAAUCAAUUCGAGAUUCAGAAUACAAUUGUGAGACUGUGUGAGAGAAUGAGACCGAGAGUGUGGAGACCUUUACAGUCAAGGAGGAACUCUGUGGCGGGUUGGUUUUUAAAGGCUAAAACGGUUGGCAUUCAGCAUAGCUGGAACAGAGCAAGUAAAUAUUUUAAAGAAACUAUAACUCAGGAACAGUUUAAAAAAUUAGUUCCCCACUUAACAUUUUUGGCAUAAAAAGAACUAAAGUGUCCCUUUAAGUGCUGUCAAGGAUUCACUUGGGUUUGUGACAUUUGGUGGCGUAACCACGCCAAAUGCCCACAGCAGCCCAGCAGUAUUCUUGGCCAAAGGUAGAUGAAUUCUGUUUCCUAGCAGCUCUCCCCCAAGGCAUAAUGUGUAUUUUUAGCUGAUCACUUCUUCCUAUAACGCAUGACAACUCCUUGGAAUCAUGUUAAGUGCCCCAAAUUCGUCUGUAAUUUUCUUGUCCCAGAGCUCUUUGCCUGCCUCCAUUUCUACAUUUUCUGAGGGCAGAGUCUCAUCUGUGUCCUGUCUUGGCUGCCUUGCCUUCACUGGGUAUCUGCUGCUACCAACAAUGUGAUCUUGGGCACUUGAAGGGUUUCAGAGGCAAAGACACUUGGUUUGCCGUUAUGAAAGGCCAUCAUUUCCAUCUGGUAUUUCAGCGUAUUAGUUGCAACCUAGGAUUAGAUCAGAAUUUCAAAUGUGAUGAAAACGUGGAAUGGUAGUGCUGUAGAAUUUUCCUACUGCCCUGUACCGAAUUCAGUCUCUCUGGAGUUUCUGUUACAGAUUAUUCAGUCAAAUGUAGAAGGAUUUGUUGCUGUCUGCUGAACAUGCAUAUGAGUGGUAAAAAGGACCUUGCUAGAAACUAUAGGAGAAUAAAAUAGAAGCAGUUGGGUGAAAUGCAGCACAGGCAGUGGGUUAGGCCCUGGUGAGUUGUGAAUUGUCUGGCUGAGACGGGGCCUGUCGCACAGGAGAGCAGCGAGCACAGGGCCCGGAGCCCAGGGUCGUGCCGGAGCCCGGGCUGCUUCUCCUAGCUGGGCACGUCCCCCAGCCUCCCUGUGCCUCACUUCCAUUGUCUGCACGAUGGAGUGGGGACACCUGCUCUUUUUCCAACUCUGCUCCAGAGACAUGGUGACAUGUGAUAUGACGAACCUUUGAAGAGUAGCAGGUGGUAUGCCCUGGUGGGUCCUAGUAGAGUGUGCUCCCUUCCUUUUCUCAUCUGAUGUUUUCUUCAAUUUGGGAACAAGUGAGAUAGGUGUAUUGGGGAGCUCAUGGUGCAGUAAUUCUCUACUAAACUCUGCCCACCAGUGUCACAUGUGAACGCCGACUCGGAGAUCCUGAAGCAGCCCACCCCUUUACAUGGGUCCUUGGCUCCCGUAGAAACCCCCACGCUAAGCAGCCUUACAAAAUCUAGUGUCCUUAGGGUGGAAUGAGUACCCUAGAAUAAUGACUCCAAACACACAUCGAAAAUGACCGGUUUUCAAUGCUAUUACAAAGCAAAGGCCUUUUUGGGGGGAUGUGGGGAGGUGAUUGGGGAUUUGGAUUGAACUGUGGACAAAGAUAACAGGUGUAUUUUGAACAAAAUAAAAAUUUUAUAAUAAAACUUUGCAUAAUGAAUGGUAUAAAGUCAGUAUAGAAAAUUAUAGACUAUACAAUAUUUAAUUAAAUAGAAAAAUUAAUUUAGCCCUUUUGAUGCCUAAACGAUUUGUAAAAAAGUGUAACACGGCUGCCUUCUUUUCCUGCCUCAAAAAACAAAGGGCUAUUUCUACACGGCAAAGUUUUGUAUAUGUGCUAUUCUCUAUCUCAGAUGGACAAUUGGAGAAAAACUGGAGCAAAUAAUGAGUUUCUUUCUUGCUUAAAAAUGUAUUUGUAUGUAUUCCUUAGUAUAUACAAGGCAGGUUUCCCUGGAAUAAAUGUCUGGAACAUACCGCUUAACUUUACACACGUAUGUGGAUGAGAUUAUUUGUAACUGAAAACUGGACUAAUGUGUGGAUUUCGUCAGUGGAUUAUCAGCCAGUCAGGAGCCGUCUGUGUGAGGCAUGGCGGUGUCAUCGUGAAAUUCUUACUGCGUGUGGGUGUGCAUGGGAAAGAGAGCCCCUUUUCCUGUAAAUAUCUUUUGAUACCCAUUUGUGUAAAAUCCCAAUGAAUGUGUCUUUGGAAAAUACAGUGUAUCAAAGUUUUUAUUUUGUCAAUUGACCUAGAUGCCCAUAUAACUAACUAAUCAGAAAUCCAGUUUGGUUCAAAUUGGGAUUUUUUUUUUUAAGGUAAAGAAGUAUACAGAAAGGACUAUUGGAAGAAUCACAUUUUAAUGCCAUGUUACAUCAACAUUGCUUCAAUAUUUUGACUUAGCUGUUUUCUCCCACGAACAAGAGGAUGUGCCUGUCACUCCCUGUACUCGCCUGGGGCUGCAGGAGGUCUAGUGUGAGCAGCUGGGCUCUGGGACUCCCAACAGCAUCGAUUCCCCAGAGCCUCCCUUGCAGAUGGUGGUGGGCGCACCUGGCUUUGCAGCCAGUUUCCGCCCUGGAGUCUGAUGGGGCCCAGACAUUCCACCUCUCUGAGCCUUUUUCUUUAAAAUGAGUGGGUUAGACCAGACAAGCCCAGACAGAAGUCCCUUCUUGUACUAGCAGUCCAUUUUGGUUUUUUCCCGUGGUUACUGUGGGGGUCAGCCGUGCGAGAUGGGAUGGAUCACGUAGAUUAGAUGUUAUGCUUUCGGUUCAUUACAGUUUACCCACCCUAGUUCAGGACCUGUAUCGCUAAAUGCCCCCACCCUGACUUCUGUUCCCACUUUCUUUGCUAAUUUUCCCAUUUUCCCACCGCUGUUGAAACUCGCCACUUUCCAGUUCGUGAGGUACUUUGUUACCAUCCCCCUCAAAAAUGAAAAAAAUCCAUUAAAGUACCUCCCGCUCUGAAAAACCUCAGAACCACCUUCUGCCAAAUCUGUCAUGUUUAUAGAUUAUUUUCUUAUUCUAAUUCAGUUCUAGCCAUGUUCCCCAAACAGAUACGGAGACAGUUGUCUGUCACAGAAAGAUGUCUUUUCAUCUUGUAGGAUCAUGGUGGCGGAAUCAUCUCAUCUGUGGGACCAGGGAUUGGAGUGGAUAAAGUCUGGUUCUGGCCUUCACCCCAGGCCAGAAAUCCUAGGUUGCAAAACAAGGGUCUGUAUAAGGUUGUAGAAGUUGGUGUAUAAGAUCACCUACGCCAUGCCACAGAGAUUCCCUACUUGGUAAAUCAUCCUGAGAGUUUAUAUUAAGAUUCUCUAGACCUGAGCUACUCAACACAGUAGUCAGUAGCCACACAUGGCUGAUGAAUGGCCUCUUGAAAUUUGGCUGGUCCUAACUGAGAUUGUGAAGCCUUGGUACCAAAAAAAUAAUAAAAAAAGGAAUGUAAAAUAUUUUAUCUAUUUUAUAGCGAUUACAUGCUGAAAUGACAAUAUUUUAGAUAUAUUAAACAAGAUACAAAAAUUAAACUUACUCCUUUUUAUCUUUUUUUAAUGUGGCUACCAAAAAGUUUAAUGUUAGACAUGCGACUCUCAUUGGGCAGUGCUAAUCUAGACGCAGACGUGGGGGCAGGCAGGAGGAUGCCUUGGGUGUGGACAGCAAUUCUCCGAAGCAUCUCGAUAGAAGAAGCAACAGAAAUGUUUUUGCUGGAGUCGGGAGCACUGUGAGGCACAGGAUACCUUCCAGAAAACAGAAGAUUUUCCUAUGUAAAAGACAAUAUGUAUAAGACUCCAAUUAAAAGACAAAAGCAAAUGAGCCCAAACUCUCUUCCUUCAGCUUUGCCUAGAAGCUGCUGACUUGAGAUUUUUCGAGCAACCUCCGGGUGCCAAGGAUGUCAGCCCCAUGAGGGUGCCGGAUGUAUGGGUUUCACUUCAGGCAACUGUCUUGCCGUUUCCCCUCCCCAGGUGGUGGUCAGUCUGUUCAGAGCCGGUGUGUUGAGAACCGUGUCAGUCUUGCUGCUCCAGACGCGCCGCUCCUCUUGGCCUCGGCAGAGGCUGAGCUUGUGGCCUGUGCCCUCCUGCCCAGCAGGUUUCGAUGUUGGCUCCUGAAAGCGUUUGUAUUUAUUUGAUUUUGCACUAGUCACAGUUGGUGUUUGAAAUAUUUCAAAUGUUUUGGGAGAGCAUUUCCCUGGGAUGGAAAGAGAGAUGGAUGAUUUAUUGCUUCAAUUGUUUUAAAAUUAAAAGCUAUUCUCACAA